GAGAGAGGGGGAAAGAGGGAGGGAGGUAGCCUUGUUGAGUGAGUGAAGAUUAAUGUCGUGCGCUUUUACCGUCAGCAUCCCGUGCACGCACCUGCCUUGGGACUAGACUCCACCGGAGCGUCUCGCGUUUGAUCUGGAAAACCUUGCCGUCGCGGUGUAUCUGGAUUAACGGAAUGGAUUAGAGAUCUAAGAACGCCCCUUUCCAUGUCGGAGGAGAUGAAGAAGCAGCACCCUCCUCUUCCUCACCAGGAUGUCCAGAGAGAGAUCAGAGAAGGGGAGUAACUGGGGAUACACUAUGAUGGAGCCCUGAUACAGAGGACAGAGCACAGUUAAAUGGAGGAGCGGGACAGAAGCCGCUCCCCGUCCCGCAGGACCAGUCGGGUGGAGCAGGUGGUGGGGCGAUGGCUACGACGCUCCAGGGAUUCCAGCAGCAGAGAGCGUAUCCUGGUAGAUGGGAAGGCGGCUGCGGGGGGAGAGUCUAGCGGUCAGGACCAGAAGAACAACUACCCGGUUAGACUGACCGUCCAGAUCCUACGAGACCCCCUCCUCAAUACUCAUGGACUCACCCUGACACCUCAGACACCAAUACUGGUGCAGGACGUCACCCCAGCGGGGCCGGCUGAUGGAAGGCUAGUCCCUGGCGACCAGGUCGUAAAGAUCAACAAUGUUGCCGUCGACGACCUGACCCCAGAGCAAGCGGCUGACCUCAUCAGGGAGUGUCAGUGCUCUGUGAUGAUAACGGUCCUCAGAAACUCAGCGGGACCCAAGUCUUCCUUCAUCACCCCAGAGAAGAGAGCUAAACUCCGGUCCAACCCGGUCAAAGUUCGCUUUGCUGAGGAGGUUGAGGUCAAUAGUCACUCUCAGGGCAACUCGCUGCUCUUCCUCCCCAACGUUCUAAAGGUGUAUCUGGAGAACGGACAGACCAAGGCCUUCAAGUUUGACCCCAACACCACUGUCAAGGACAUAGUGAUGACCCUGAAGGAGAAACUGUCUCUGUCUCGUAUUGAACACUUCUCUCUGGUUCUGGAACAGAAGUAUAGCAUCAGUAAACUGCUGUUACUACAUGAAGAGGAGAGGAUACAACAGGUAGUUCAUCAGAAGGAAGUCCAUGACUACAGGUGUCUGUUCAGAGUGUGUUUUAUACCCAGAGAACCUGAGCACCUGUUACAAGACGACCCCACUGCCUUCCAGUACCUCUACCUGCAGGGUAUAAACGACGUGCUACAGGAGCGUUUUGCGGUGGAGAUGCGUUGCAACACGGCCCUGCGUCUGGCAGCCCUGCACAUACAGGAGAGACUAGCCAGCUGUGGACAGUCACCUCGGACCAAACUCAAGAUCAUCACGAAGAGUUGGGGCAUUGAGAACUUUAUCUCUUCAACCCUCCUGAGGAACAUGAGGGAGAAGGAUCUGAGAAAGGCCAUUGGCUAUCACAUGAAGAAGAGCCAAUCACAGGAGCCAAAGCAGAAGGUGCUGUCGGCCAAUCAGGCGAAGAUUAACUACCUGGAGGAGCUGUGCGACCUCAAGUCCUUCGGCGGGAAGUCUUUCAGCGCCACCAUGAUGCUCCAGGACAGAGAGUCGAUGGUGACCCUGUUGGUGGGGUCGCGGUACGGUAUCAGUCAGGUGGUGAACCACAAACUGAGCAUCAUGACCACCCUCACAGAGUUUAGCAGUAUCACACGCAUAGAGCUGCUACCAGAGUCUGACCGUGUCAGUCUGGUCAAGAUAUAUCUACAGGACAUCAAGCCUAUCACCCUGUUGUUGGAGUCAGUAGCAGCUAAGGAACUGUCCUGUCUGGUGGCAGGGUACUGUCGUGCCCUAGUGGACCCCAGCCUCAUCAUCUUCCCCUGGUCACAGGACGCCAAGCAGCACCGCGUGUCCGCCGAGGAGGGUUAUGUGUCGAGGUGUGGCAGUGACUCGGACGAUUCCUCAGACAUGGACAUGGACACUCUCAUCUCCCUCGUAUCCCAUAACAACAAGCGAACCACAUCAGACCCUGUCGGUCUACGCCGGAUUAUGGAGGAGAGGAAAGAGGAGAGGAAAGAGAGAAAGGAGAGAGAGGAGAGGAAAAAGAAGGAGAAGGGAGAAGGAGAACAAGAGAAAAAUAUGAAAUACGGAACUAUGUCUCCACUGAGAAAAAACAGAGAGAAGGAGACAAUUGAGGAGAAGGUGGGAGGAAUUGGGGACCAGAGAAAGAAAGACACUGAAGCUGGAGAAGAGGCGAAGUCCGAGAAACAACGAGGAGCAGAGAACGGAGGAAUGCAGGAAGACGGCAGAGAAGGAGAGGACGAGAGAGCAAAGAAGGAAAGAGGAGGGGAGGGGAAAGGAGAGGAGGAGAGAGGAGGACGGGAAAGGAAAGGAGAGGAGGAGAGAGGUGGAGGGGAGAGGAAAGGAGAGGAGGAGAGAGGAGGAGGGGAGGUUGGGGGAGCUACGACAGAAGAGCACCCGUCCGUAUCAGAGGAGGCGUCAGACUCGUGUCGUACUGACUCUCGUUUCAUGACCAGCAUCUCCAGUGACUCCCUGGAUGCUCUGGAGGAAGAUGACCUGAUCGCCUGCUCUUCCUCCCACCCUCACCCACCCUUCCGCCUCACAGUGGAGCCCCCCCAACCCCAGCCACACCCACGAGGGGGUGCAUCCUCACCCCAAGGAGGGGCAGGAGAGUGGAGAGGAGAAGGAGGUGGAUGGGUGUCAGGAGAUUGGAGAGGAGGGGUAGGAGGAGAGUGGAGAGGAGAGUGGAGAGGAGGAGGAGGGGGAGGAGAGUGCAGAGGACGGGGAAGAGGGAGGAGAUCAGGCAACGGAGCUUGGGUCAACCCUCACCAUUCUCCCAUGACCCCUGACUCCGUGAACUCUGAACCUGUGACCCCCGUGGUUGACCCCUCUGAGAACCUGAACUACGCUGAGCUCUCUCUCAUGCUGGAGUACCUCCCCAGUCCUCCGGAGGCGAGUGACGAUGAGGACGAGGAGGAGAAGAGGGAAGAGAGGAGGAGGAGUAAUGAAGGAACUGGACAGGAGGUAUUUUCGGUUUCCGGACGUCCUCGUUCCUCCUCCUCCUCACUUAUGGACUGUGUGUUUACCUUCGAGCAGAAAGACGCAAGGCAUUACUACAAUAUCUGCCCUAAUGUUACCCCUGAUAGCACCCGCAGCCUCACCCACCCUCACCCUGAGCCUGAGGAAGAGGAGGGUGGUGGUGAGGAGGAAGAGCAGGGGGCGCUCCUAACCCUGGAGCCCGUGCCCAUCCUCCAGCCGCCUCCAGGGUUCGGAGACAGCAGUUCUGACGAGGAGUUCUUUGAUGCGAAGGAUCGGUUCGCCUCGCCUGAAGACCCAACAUCAGGGACUGUGUCCAGAGAUUUUUCAGCCGAGAUGACGAGUGGAAUGACGCAGCAAACUGUGAGCCUGAGUGACAUCAGAAUCAGCCUGGCUGAAGGAACGAGGCAUGAAAGAGAGGAGGGUAGAGAGGGAGAGACCAACGAAGGAGGAGGAGAGAUGUUCUCCAGGCUCUCUAGGAAAAGAUCGAAGAAACGGCGUUCCUUCAUGCAGACCGACUUCACCUCAACAGUCUCCUACCCUGGACCGGACCAAAACCAGGAGCGGAACAUGGACUGGAACCCAGAUCACGUUCCUGAUCAGUAUCCGGACCGGGCACAGAACCGGACAGAGAGCUCAGACGAAAGCCAGCAGCUGAGUCUGGACCCAGAACCCUCUGAGCAGAGCCAGAACCCAUGUCCUACUGUCUCCUCUCUGAGCCAUGCCGAGGGCGAGGCGUUCCAGCUCGAGUCCAAGCCGAUCCUCACCAAGCCCAGCCCAGAGGGGUCCCAUCGGGGACCUGGAGAGCCACGUGUGCUUGGUAACCCAAAGGGAGAUCCACGGGCGCCUGAUAACCCGAAGGCUGACCUCCAUAGGAGCUCCAGGAGCAGGCGGCAGUCCAUGGAGACGGAGCCCGACGUGAUGGAGUCCAAAUCGGUCACGGCCCUGGUGUCGGCAGCCUCCCUCUCCAUCACGGCUGUCCGCUGUAGAGUCGAACCAGACGGCAAGGAGAGCAUUGAUCGGAGAGGAGACGGGGAGGAGGUGGAGGGAGAGAUGGAGGAAGAGGAGCGGGGUGGAGAAGCAGGGGCAGGACCGUUCACAUGUCACAUGUUUCUGACUGAGAUUAAGGAGGAGGAGGGGCAGAGGGGGGAGGAAACGGGGGAGGAGGGGGAGAGCGACAGAGAGCAGAGACAGCCCUCGCUCAUUUCUGAAGGUCCACCCUCUGUUAGGGGGUCCCAGUUUAGUAGACGACCUCUGUGUCUAACGAAAGACGAGGAUCAGGAAGAUUCUUUCGUACCCCAAAUAAGUAUCUCCCAUCCAGGUGUGUGUGGGAGGGACACGGGGGGUGAACAAGGCGUGGCUGGUGGUGAGGAGAGCGUGACUCCCCUUUCUGCUCCUCCUCCCCCCACCUCUCCACUGCCACCCUUCCCAGCCCCCUCCAUCCUCCACACGGAGAGGGGAGAGAGGGAUAGCAAGGAUGGGAAUGUGGGGUCUCAACCCUUCACACUCUCAGACGGAGUGAAGGACAUUAGCUGCUUGACUCAAGUCCAUAGAAAACUCACUAUCAGUCACCAAGACCUGACACGCCAAAGGAAAGCAGAAACUGACAAUGAUGAAGCUAUAGUUAGCACUAAUUCUGUUACUGAUAACACUGAUGUUGCUACGGCUAACAUUGCAGCUACAGCCAACAUUCAUUCUGUCAUGGCUAACACUGAGACUACAGUUAGCUCUGACUCUAAUUUAGCCACUGCUAAUCACAAAGAUACAAAUAGCAUCAAAUCUGUUCCGGCUAACACUAUAGCUAAUGCCGAUUUGUCUACGGCUAACAAUGAAGCUAAUGCUAUAAUUCAUUACCUUACAACUAGCAAUGAUUCUACAGGUAAUGCUAACUUAGCUAUGACUAAUGCUAAUUCAGCUAAUGCCAACUCAGCUAUGGCUAACAUCCCCAAAGAGUCUCCCAUAUCACCUACAACAGGCUUCCUCCUCCGGCCUUGCUCACCGGGCAUCAUCGGGCAAAGUCUCUCGGCCUCCACAUUACGGGGGAAGAUCCAGAGCUUGCCCCUCUAUUUAUCUCGCUCCCAGGAAACCCUCACCCUCUCUGGGGUGGGAAGCCCCAACAGGAGCCCCUCUCCGGAGACCACCAGCAACAAGACUGAGGUAAUGGUCACCACCAAAACCAUCAAGGAAGACGAUGUCACAAAGGUGGCGACAGUGGAGGAUUUGAAAGAUUCCGGGGUGGCGUUGGCAGAGUCGGAUGAUUCCGAGGUUACGCUGACAGAAUCGGAGGUUGGCGAGGUUGUUGUGGAGACGGCCGGGGCGGAAAUCACUAGGUUGACGGUUUCGGAGGUGAAGGAGGUGGUCGAGAAGGUUGUGAUGGUCUACGGAUCCUCCCUUCCUCCCCCUUUAGCACCCAUCUCUCUAGAGUCCAAACCAGAUCCCAAAAUGGUUGUCAAGUUGCCUACCUGUCCCAUUGCUACAGUGGAAACUGCCCCUCCUAUCUGUCUGGAGCCCAAACCAGUCUCUGAACUACUCUCCCCAGGCCCCACUAUCCACAAAAUGGCCGCCCCAUUACCUUCCUGUCCUUCCUCUCCCAUGCCCAUACGCGUAGAGCCCAAACCAGACCAUGAACCACUAUCCAUACGCUCCAAAAUGGCCACCUUGUCGUCUUCUUAUCCCCCUGCUUUAGCGGUAACCACACAGAGUCUGAAUUCCUCUUCUUCUAAUCCUCACCCCAUCAGAGUAGAACCCAAGCCAGAGCCUUGCCCUGAACCCCUUUCAGGCCCCAAAAUGUCCGCUCCAUUGUCUUCCUGCCCCUCUGCUAUAGUGGUGACCACACAGAGUCUGAACGGACCGGGGCUCAGCUUCCCUGGUUAUAACAUGAGAGGACGGCCAUUUGGGAGCAACAGCUACUGUAAACCCCCAGGCGAGGAGGCAGGCCUGCUGAACACUCUGACUACAGGCUGUGGGGUCUUCACCUCCACCUGUGAGACCCAGCCCAACCAGGCCCACAUGGAAUCCUUUUCGCCGGCAAAGCCUGAUUUUGGGUGUAGCUCGGUGCUGGCGUCUGGGUGCGAGGCGGUCCUGGAGGGGGUGCAGACGCCCCUGGAGGCAUGCAGGUGUCCGCUACCGCUGGUUUAUACCAACUGUUUCAGCGGGGGUGACAGCUUCGACGAUGAGUUGACAGUUUACGAGUUCUCCUGCCGGACAAGUUCUCCUCCCGCCUCCCAACCCUCUUCCUCUGCGCUGGCCCUCCCCCUCACGACCUCUCCUCCUCUCUCCUCUUUCCUCUCCUCCUCCCCUCCCUCCUCCCUCCUCUCUCCCUCCUUCCCUCACUCCGUCCUGCCCCCCUCCUCCUCCAUGGAGCUCUCCCCACUCCUCUCCCCGCUCCUUUCCCCGUCCAACUGCUUCUUGUCCCAGUCAAGUCUCCAUGAUGAUAUCAGCCGACUACGCCACCACCGCUUCCCACCGCCCCCCGCAGGGUUCCAGACCAUCCGGAGCGACGUGGACGAGCUUCUCACCCUCCUGCAGGGGGGGAGGAUGGGGGGGAGAGGGGGGAGGCACCCCAGGGAGACCUGCGCCACCCACUUCUCAGAGAACAAGCGUCUUCUCCACGGGGAGGCCCGGAGGCUGAUGGCUGGCUGUCAAAAGGUGGUCCGGGUUGGGCAGACCCCAGACGAGAUGCUCUUCUCCCUCUCCGACAGCUUCAGGACCCUGGUGGGCAUGGCCGGCAUGUGCCUGUGGUUCUCUGGGUGCGACCGGUGCGACCGGAGGAAUGCCGAAGCAUUGGCGGGGCUGGCGGACGUGGCCAGAACGUACCGGGAGUUUGUGCUGGCGGCGGAGAGGGCGAGCGGGAGGCGGAGCUGUCAUGACCUCAGCACCAAGCUCCUUGCAAAGCAGUGUACCGCCCUCACUGCUUCCGUCUUCUGCCUCACACAGCUGUUCCGCACACUCACCUCGCUCUGAACUGAACCAACGAUCUCUGACCCCUAUAACAACCUGUCGGUUGACCUUUCAAUUCUGACCUCUAGACCCACUACACAGGGUUGCCAGCCAAUCAGUCAGUCACCAGGCUGAGUGGGGAAUGAAUGUGUGAACUGCAACAAGUCCACGUAGCGAGAAAAAGAAAGUAGAAGCACAAUUGAAAGGAGAGAGAGCUGAGAUGGAUGAAACAAGACGGUUCUAAUCUCCUGUGACAUCAUGGAGAGCCUCUGUGGCAUCAUAAAUAAGGAACCUCUAUGACAUCACAAAGUGCCUGUGUGACAUCACAGAGAACAUGUGACACGCUGGAGGACAUACAAGUGAUGUCAUAACAGGUCCCAAAUGACUGUUAAGCUUUUUUAACAGUAACCUACAGUACGCUGUGCAAGUACUGCAGCCACACAACGAGGGACGAACUGGACAUCACCAAACUGCAAGAAGCCUCACGCAAUGACAAUCUCCGGACUCAAAGCCAACCUGCUUGCGUUAAUAUAGUAUUUAAGUAACUAUUAUAUUUGAAUGUCCAUUAUUUACUUGUUUUCAUUAAUAAUUUAUUUGUUUUCAUUCAUAAUUGAUUUGUUUUGAUGUGUUAUUUAUUUGUGAUGUUAUCACUAUGAUUAUUGAUUCUGUAUGGUAUCGAUGUGGGGUGUGAAAAAGAGGAAUGUGGAGGGAAUGGGUGUGUUUACAGAAAAGAGGAUGUCGGUACACACACACUCCAGAGUUGGCUGAAAGGUACAGUCAUGUUGAUUGUGUUAUUAUUUGGCUGAUCAGUCAGUGGAAGGUUUUAUUUGUUACUCUCUCUCUCUGUCUGUCUCUCCCUCUCUGUCUCUCUCUCUCUCUCUGUCUCUCUCUCUCCCUCAUUCUCUCCCUCCCUCUGUCUCUCCCUCUCUGUCUCUCCCUCUCUCUGUCUCUCUCCCUCAUUCUCUCCCUCUGUCUCUCCCUCUCCCUCUCUGUCUCUCCCUCUCUGUCUCUCCCUCUCUGUCUCUCCUUCUCUGUCUCUCUCUCUGUCUCUCUCUCCCUCUGUCUGUCUGUCUGUCUCUCUCUCCCUCUCUCUUUCUCUCUCUCUCUUUCUCUCUCUCUCUCUCCCCAUCUCUGAAUACGUGACAGGCGGUAUGGUCACAUGACCAACCCUCAGAUGAGGGGGCGGGGCUCUGAAUGUCAACCGUUUACAAAACCAAAAAAAGGAGGGAAUUUAUAUCCCAAAUGGCCUCUUCCCUCUAUAGUGCACUACAAGGGCUUAUAGGACUCGGUCAAAAGUAGUGCACUACGUAGGGAAUAGUGCCCUUAGAGUGUACUAUCUAGACGGACCGUAUAAAGGUUCAUCACUGUGUAUGAUAUUUUAUAAACCUAGUAGCUGAAUGCUGAUGUCUGUGUAUUACUUUUUUAAAUCGGGGAGUUGGGGGGGGGACGCGGGGAGUGUACAUUUUGGGGGAAGCGUAGAGAAUUAGCACACAAACCUAACGUUAUGUGGUUGUAAAAAAAAAAGGUGGCCAUUUAUAUUUACAGGUUGUGUCCCAAUGGAAGCCUAUUCCCAGUAUAGGGCACUACUUUUGAUUGUUCCCUAUAGAGCCCUAUGGGCCCUUGUAAAAAGUAGUGCGCUGCAUAGGGAAUAGUAAGCUUACUAGUUGUAGUUUUUCUAUCCACACUUUGUUUCUGGAAAGAGAUGUCAAACUCAUUCAACCUGCAUGUUCACUGUUCAGACAUUAGCAUUGUUUCCAACUUGAACUACACACAUUCAUGUGUUACCUGAUUUCAUGUGUUACCUGAUUUCAUGUGUAACCUGAUUUCAUGUGUUACCUGAUUUCAUGUGUAACCUGAUUUCAUCUGUUACCUGAUUUCAUGUGUAACCUGAUUUCAUGUGUUACCUGAUUUCAUGUGUUACCUGAUUUCAUGUGUAACCUGAUUUCAUGUGUAACCUGAUUUCAUGUGUUACCUGAUUUCAUGUGUAACCUGAUUUCAUGUGUUACCUGAUUUCAUGUGUUACCUGAUUUCAUGUGUUACCUGAUUUCACGUGUUUCCUGAUUUCUUGUGCUACCUGAUUUCUUGUGCUUCCUGAUUUCAUGUGUUGCCUGAUUUCAUGUGUUACCUGAUUUCAUCUGAUAUCUGAUUGCAUGUUUAACCCGAAUUCAUGUGUUACCUGAAUUCUUGUGUUACCUGAAUUCUUGUGUUACCUGAAUUCUUGUGUUACCUGAAUUCUUGUGUUACCUGAAUUCUUGUGUUACCUGAAUUCUUGUGUUACCUGAUGUCACAUGUUACCUGAAUCCAUGUGUUACCUGAUUUCAGUGUUACCUGAAUUCUUGUGUUACCUGAAUUCUUGUGUUACCUGAAUUCUUGUGUUACCUGAAUUCUUGUGUUACUUGAAUUCUUGUGUUACCUGAUGUCACAUGUUACCUGAAUCCAUGUGUUACCUGAUUUCAGUGUUACCUGAUUUCAGUGUUACCUGAUUUCAUACAGCACAUUUCUAUAUGUUAAAUGUUUCGGUAACUGUUUGUCAUGGGAAAUAAUAUCUUAUUUUACAUAUUCAUAUUUCCUGUUGGGGAAAAGUUUGCAGAUCAAAAGCCAAUCUAGACAAAAUAGUUUCACAACUACUGUUUGUCCAGCAGAGUUGGGAUGAAUUCAAUUUCAGUUUGCAGUUAAUUCAGAAAGUAAACCAAAUUCCAAUUCCACAUUUUCCUCAUUUAAAAGCGUUGACGAGAAUUGGAAUUACAAUUGCAAUUUCAGUGUAGUGUCUGAAUUGCCUGGAAUUGAUGUGGAAUGGAACCCAACGUUGAUGUUCACAUACUGCUUCUAGUUCUAUUAUACGUUCAUCCUAAAAUGAAGACUAAAAUGUGUUUUUAUGUCCUCUCUGCAACGCUUGCAAUAUUCCGGUACAUUUUCUAGAAAUCCCGGUUGAAGGAUUCCAGAUUCCCUACAUUCAUAUUCUGGGAAUCUUUCAACCUGAGUUUCUGGAAAAACCUUGGACUUUUGGGGGAAAUUAAGUUUCUGGAAUUUGGCAAACCUACUUUCUGCUCACUAAGCAUGCCCUACUCAACCAUAAUUGCAUCUUUGAAACAUCAGGGAAAUAACUUACUAACUGCUGUAUGUGAAUGACUGAAUGAGUGAUGUCCGCCUAUGCUUUGUCAUGCUGUACUACAACCAUUAAAAAUACUGAACUGUUAA